AUGAAGUCCCUCGCUACCCUGUCCACCAUCGUCGCCGCUGCCUCUGCCGCCUCUAUUGCGGCAGAGGGCGCCAAGCGCGUGAGCUACGAUGGCACCAAGGUCUUCCGCGUGUCGGUCGGAGAUGAAGUCGACAGGAUCAACGGCGUCGUCAACAAGCUCCAACUCAGCACCUGGAAGGGUGCCCCGAGAGCCGGCGCGUUUGCCGACAUUGUGGUUCCUCCCACUGCGGUCAGCGCUUUUGAGGCUGAGAUUGCCGGCCUGAACGUUACCACCAUGCACGAGGAUCUUGGCGCCUCGAUCGCGGACGAGUCAAACUUCUCAGUCUAUGCCGUCGGCUCCGCCAACGCCACCUGGUUCAACUCGUAUCACGCGUACGCCGACCAUCUCAAAUUCCUCAACGACUUGGUCGCCUCCUACCCCAACAACGCCGAGAUCGUUACCUCGGGCAAGUCGCUCCAGGGAAAUGCCAUCACCGGCAUCCACAUCUACGGCUCCUCCAAGGGUACCAAGCCCGCCGUUGUCCUCCACAGCACCGUCCACGCGCGCGAGUGGAUCAGCACCUUGGCCAACGAGUACAUUGCCUGGAACCUCCUGAGCAAGUACUCCUCCAACACGGAGAUCAAGGGCUUCGUCGACAAGUACGACUACUACAUCUUCCCCGUCGUCAACCCUGACGGCUUCAUCUACACCCAGACCACCAACCGUCUGUGGCGCAAGAACCGCCAGAGCACCUCCGGCAGCAGCUGCAUCGGCCACGACAUCAACCGCAACUGGCCCUUCCAGUGGUCCGUCACCGGCGGCGCCUCCACCGACCCUUGCGCCGAGGACUUCAAGGGCGCCUCCCAGGGCGAUGCCCCCGAGACUGCCGCUCUCUCCGCCUGGCUUGCCAAGACCAAGGCCGCCCAGGGCCUGAAGCUCUUCAUCGACUUCCACGCCUACUCCCAGCUGUUCAUGACCCCCUACGGCUACUCCUGCACCGCCGUCACCGCCAAGAACUCGGAGCUGCAGUCUCUCGCCAAGGGCGCCGUGGCUGCUAUCAAGGCCGUCCACGGCACUUCGUACCAGUACGGCCCCAUCUGCACCACCAUCUACAAGGCCACUGGCAGCAGCGUCGACUACGUCAACGACGUCGUCAAAGCCGACUAUGUCUUCACCCAGGAACUUCGCGACACCGGCAACUACGGCUUCGUUCUGCCCGCCAACCAGAUUUUGCCUACUAGCGAGGAAACCUACGCCGGUGUCCGCUACCUGCUCCAGAACAUGAAGUAA